UAGAGCGUGAGAAAUCGAAGAGAAAGACAACUAUACAAUACAAAUUUCUGAUUCAAAUAAUUAAGUAAAGAAGUAAGAGAGAAAGCUUACAGAAAACAGCUGUUGUCUGAAAAACAAUAAUAUUGAAAGCAGAAGCAAUAAAGAAGGAAGAAUUCGUUGUCAUUUAUUGAAACGCUUAUGAAGAAAAAGGGCAAAAGAUAGUAUUUUUGUAUGAAAGACAGCUGUUAGAUUAAAAUCUCUUAUUCAACACAUUUUGUUCGACUGGGGAGCGGAAAGAAGAAUGGAGAAAGUGUGAAAAAGGAAGAGAGGCAAAAAACUGGAUUUUCAAGUGUUUUGAUAUGUAUAAAUAAUUGCGUAUAUACGAUUCUUUUCAUUCAUUUGCGUUAAAGUAUAUUUAUUAUUGUGUUGUUUUUAGUCUUUAGCGUUGUUAUUAUUGAAGCUCGGCCUGUGUAGACGAAAUAGAUACAUAAGCGGAAUUUAAAUAUUAUUAAGACAUAAAAAAAGGGAAUUAAAAAAAUAAAAGCGGAACGUAAAAUAACUCGAAUCACUAGGCAAGAGUUACCAAAAAUUACCAGCAACAAAUAAAAGAAAAAUACAAAAUAGAUACAAUAAUAUGAUUAUUUUAUAAUAUCGCUUAGCUGCACUAUGUUAUACUAUUUACUGUAAAACAAUUGAAGAAUCUCCUAAAAAAAAUUAAGAAAACUCAUAGUAGAUACUACAAGAGAAUGUAAGAAGAAAAGGAAAUAUAUUUACUUUAUAUAACGGCAGAAUUGGAAAAGUCACGAGUGUGACUGCUUAUUGUAUAAUAAUCGUGAGUGAAUUCAUAAAGAACAUGAAAAAAUUUAUCGAUUGUGUCGGAGAAUAAAAAGUGUCUAGCGUUUUAUUUUUUCCCCUCAAAUUGUAAUUGAGCGUCUAAACACAAGGCACAAAAAUAUUUAUAAUUGUUUAUAUUUAGAAACUAGAAAACUUGAACAAUAACGCAAGAAAAAUUUUUAUUACGACAAGAAGAAGAGUGUUCGAUUUUCAAGAAAAAAAAAUGGUACAAAAAUUUCAAUCCCCUGUAAGGGUUUAUAAAUACCCCUUUGAACUCGUUAUGAAGAAACUUUCCAUUCGUGUAUUUUUUCUAGGCUUAUGAGCGCCGCUUUCCCACCUGCCCGCAAAUGCCCAUUGUUUUAGAUUGUGAAGUAAUUUCAGACGAGGUUGCUGAAGACGGCUCUCAACGUAAUACCAAGCGACGUUGCACGCUGGCCGUAGAUGCUCCAUACAUAUUUAAGAAGCUUAUUGGCGUUGAGGUGGUUUAUUUUCUACAAAAUAAUUUUUUAGAUUGGGCUAAUCGCACCCUUAAUAUAGAGGCCGUUAAUGAGAGUUUCUCCUCACGCAUUGAAAUAUUUGAACGUUGCCGGUAUUACGCACAUCCCGACAAUCCCGAUUGGACGUGUUUUGAUCAAACGGCUACAUUGGAUAUAAAGAACUUUUUUGGCUUUGAACAUUCCAUGGAAAAAAUGGGAAUGAAACAAUAUACCCAGACCACUUUAAAGGGUAAAGAGAUUAUCGAGUAUUUCAUUAACGAAUUGAAAGCUGAGGGUAUAACAGAAGUAGAUAGGUGGAAACCACCUGUUGAUGCUGCUGCAUCUUCAAUAAGUCGACAAUCAAGUAAAGACAUGGAGCAAGAAAACGGCAUAGCAGAUGUUCAUGGCGUAAAGCGAGGCUCCAAACCGGAAAUUCUCUUAGAUGGUGAUUUUAUAGCCAAACAUUUGGGCCAAUUGACACCGAUGCAGGAGUCAAAGUUAUUGGAAUUGCGUAAAAUGCUAGAAGACUGUGAAGAAGAUAUGUCAAAACUGCCCAGUUAUCAAACUAUUUUAAGAUUUCUUCGUGCUCGCGACUGGCACGUUAGCCAAGCCUUGUCCGUUCUUAAAGACUCAUUGAAAUGGCGCAAAGAUAACAGCAUAGACAAUCUACUUGACGAUUAUAAAAUGCCGGCAGUUGUGACAGAGCAUUUUCCGGGCGGUUGGCAUCACUAUGAUAAAGAUGGUCGGCCGAUUUAUAUUUUGCGUUUAGGUCACAUGGAUGUUAAGGGUUUAUUAAAAUCCAUAGGCACAGAAGGUCUCUUAAAAUUGUCUCUGCACAUUUGCGAAGAAGGCAUACAAAAAAUCAAGCAAUCUUCGGAAAGCUUGGGUACGCCGGUUUUGGAUUGGUCUUUACUGGUAGACUUGGAUGGUCUUUCGAUGCGCCAUCUAUGGCGUCCGGGUGUGAAAGCCUUGCUCAGUAUUAUUGAAUGCGUGGAAAGCAACUAUCCCGAAACAAUGGGCCGCGUUCUUGUGGUGCAGGCCCCGCGAGUAUUUCCAAUCGCCUGGACUAUUGUAUCUGCAUUUAUAAAUGAUAACACCCGUUCGAAAUUUAUAUUUUAUGGCGUUGCGGAUGCCAACACUAUGAAAGAAGGACUUGAACAAUAUAUAGAUUCUGAAUUGAUACCCGACUUUUUGGGGGGGACAUGCAAGACUCUAGUACAUGAAGGUGGUUUAAUACCGAAAACAUUGUACAAAAUGAAUUCAUUAGAGGAGGAUGAACAAGCUGAACAGGCUCAACAAAAUAAAAGCAUGAAUGAACAUGGCCGUGCAACGAAUAAUGGUCUUAAUAGUGAUCACCACGGCCUGUAUAAGACAGUGGAAUUGAAAACCGGUUACAUACACGAAGUAGUUAUAAGAAACACAGAUGUUAAAAGUGUUUUGACAUGGGAUUUUGAUGUAAUUCGUGGCGAUUUACACUUUACUCUAUAUAGAGUAACAAAAGAUCUGCCUCGGCAGCAAGAUGCAGCUGUAUCGUUUUUCGAUUUGAACGACUUUAGUGAAGGUGUUAACUACUUCAAGGAGGAGACGACACUGAUUUGUCAUCAUAAGGAAAGCGUGCAGGGAUCUCAUGUUAUGAACUAUAAAAACAACUACGUCUUACACUGGUUUAGUCCUUCUUGUGGCAUUGAGGGACCAACGCAAUUAAAUUACUUUUAUGAGAUCUUAAGUUCGGCUAAUUACAAAGGAUCGAUGACCAGUUUACAAUCGGGUUUCUCAUCAAAUUCAGCUACCAGUUCUUGUCAAAGUCGAUGAUAUGGAUUCCAACAGCAAGACCUGAAUGGAGGCACUCUCAUGGAGAAGAGUUUAAAUUGAAAAUAUAAAAGAAAACAAUUAUUUUUAUUCUUUGUGAUUUGCUUUUUAAACGCGUACAUAUAAGAAAAAUAGCAGGAUUAUUUAAAACACAACGUCAGAGAUUUACGCAGACUUAAUUAAAACAAUAUAUUCAAAACUGCAAUCAAAAGAAAGGUUAAGGCAAUCAAAGGUUAAGAAAGCGGUUGUAAUAUAAAAACAGCAAACCACUCUUUUUUUUAAAAGCCGUAAAUGUAGAGUCAAUUAAAUAUAUAUAUAUAUAUAUAUACAUAUUUAUAGCUAUAUAUAUGGACGGAAGGACGGAAGGAAAACCCGAUCAAACACCAAAUAUCAGUAAAUAAGAGAAAAUGCUUUUACACACGGUAGCUACAAAACAAACGACACCAAUUACAUUACGUAAUAUUUACAAUAAAAACCAACAAUUUAUUCCAACAACCUAUUCCUCUACAGACGAUAUAAACGAAUAAAAAAUUUUUAUGCUUUUUGUAUUUUUAAAUAUAGAGCCAUUGUCAAGUGGGUUUCUAAAUGAAAAAGUAUUAUUAGCUUUUAAUAUACAAUAAUCAUUGUAAACAUUUUAUUAAUUCUAUUUAGUUGGUUUUGUUUUCAGGGCUUACU